AUGGAACAAACAAAUAUCGAUAAAUCCCCUAGUUCAACAAUAUUAACAACUAAUAUUAAUAUUAAUAAUUUUCAAGGUGGACAGAUUUUAAAUGAUCUUUUUCAUUUACCUGUUAAUGAUAAUAAAAUUUCAGAUGAAGAAGUAGUUAUUAUUGAUAAAAUUGAAACAGAAAUUAUAAUGGAUUCAUCUAAUGAUAAUAGAAUACAUAUAUCAACAAAUUUGGCCAUGGAUCAUGAUUAUGAUAUGGCAACAGUAGAUGCAGCAACAGUAGCAAUCGAUUCAUCAAAUAAAUCAUCUAAGAAAACAAUUCAUCGUUAUUUACCUGCAUGGGAAAAACAACCAGAAUCCUUUUAUAAAACAUAUACGUUCGAUAUAUUUGGUAUUAGACACGAGAAACUCGUUUGCUGGUUGUACAAUAAAAAAGAUAAAAAUGGAAAUGAUAGUCUUGGAUGUAAACUUUGUCAAAAAUAUCAAAAAACAUUCAACUCAAAUGGGAAAAUUAAUUUAUGGUGUACAACAGGUUAUAAAAUAAUGAAAUUAUCGAAAAUAAAAGAACAUAAAGAUAAUGAAGUUCAUAAACAAGCACAAGAACUUGAGUUACAAACAGCAUCUUAUUCUCAACCUACUUGGACAACAACGCAAAUAAAAGAAAGAAAUAAACAUGAAGCUGCAAUACAAAAUUUAAUUCUUUCUGCUGUUUAUGUCUGUCAACAGGAUCAAUCUCUCAACUCGUUUGAGAAAUUAUGUACAUUGAUUGAAGCUCUUGGUCUUAAAUUAUUACCAGCAGAAAUAGGUAGUGUAUCAUAUCGUAAUGACAAUGCGGCUCUCGAUUUCUUACGUCAUGUAGCUUCGUAUUUACGUGAAGAAAUUCUUGAAAAGAUAAAAAAUAGUCCAUCUAUAGGUUGGAUGCUUGAUGAAAGUACAUCUCGUACCGUAGAAAAAAGUCUGAUAAUCUAUGUCAGAUAUUUGGAGAAUGAUGAAGCCAAAACAAGUUUUUAUGGUAUAUUAGCUUUAGAUGGUGAUGGCUCGGCUGAUAAUAUAGUCAAAUGUAUUGAAUCAUUAUGGAGAGCAGAUGAUUUAAAUCCUGAAAAAACGUGUUGGUUUGCAACUGAUAAUGCUGCUACAUUUACAGGUAGUGUACCUUUGUUUCUUUUUGAAUUGUCAAAAAUAAUUGUUGUAGGAAUAAAUAAUGGUGUUAUUUCUAAAUUAAAACGUGAUUUUGGUAUAGAAUUUGUUGAAUUAAAUACAUGUGUGGCACAUACAUUUGCAUUGGUUGGAAAUCAAGCUGGAUUUAUCAAAUACAGUACGUAGUAUAUACUUUUUAUUCAUUAAUGAAAAAAGUAUUUCACAGAUAAUGAAGAAAAACCUAGAAAACGCGAAUUAAUUUCCAAACUGGAAGGUCUGAUAGGAAAAAUUUAUCAGUAUUUUGGUUCAAGUGCAACUCGAACCUUCAAGCUAAAAUGUUGGCAAAAUUUGUUGGAAAUUCCCGAAUUGAAAUUUAAACGAUUGUUCCAAAUUCGAUGGACGGCUAUUCGAGAUUCAAUAAAACCAAUCAUGUUAAAUAUUACACCAGGUAAACUUUUGUACAAAUUGCUUACUCUUCAGGCUUUUAUUCUUGCCCAGAACGAGCAUUACAGCAACCAGACACGGCAGUAUACGGCCGUUUACGGCGGCGUAUACUGCCGUAUACG